CACGACGGGAUCUGCGACCCGCCGUGUGGCUGGCACCCCAGAGUCGCAAGUGUUCCUCCGCCAGGGCUGGGCUUCUGCUCUUACACUGCAUCCAUUUCCAAGAGCACCCUCGGCCCUCCCCGCAGGAACACAGUUGGCCCCAAAAUUUGUGCCCACCGGCGAGAAUCUGAUGGACACUACUUGAUGUGAGGACGAAACCGUUCUGUUCACGGGACAGUCGGCUCUGGGUCCCGCCGGGUGUGGGUGUUGCUCACUCAGUGCGCAGCGGUCAGCAUCUCUCAAAACUGCACAUCGCUGAGCAGAGACAAGUUGGUUGGAUUAAAACUAGUUUCUUUAGAAGGAAACGGAGAACGUGAGAGUGCAUCCCAGAGCAGGGUUAGCACCGAUCAGCUGUUUUCUGCCUGUGCACUCAAGACACAUGCGCACUUGGGACACUCAUGUGUGUGCUAAGCUCUGUGGAGAGUGUGAUGGAAGAGUUGGCUCUCAGAGGCACUGACAGAGCCCCCAGGGACACCUCACCUUGCUGGACUCGAACACCCCUCACAUCACAGCCAACAUGUCCCCACUACCCAGUGAGGCAGUCCAUCUGGAAAGUUCCACGCCACUGGAGAGCAGCCCUGCACGUCCCCCUGGACCCCGAGGUUAGACCCUGCUGCGACCCACUCAGCAUGCGGGCACUCCUCGGCACGCUCUGGCUUGCCCUGGCCUGCAGCUCUGUGCACGCCACCCUUUCGAAGUCAGAUGCCAAAAAGGCUGCCUCGAAGACGCUGCAGGAGAAGACUCAGGUUUCGGGCAAGCCCGCCCAGGAGCGGGGUCUGGUGGUGACCGACCUCAGGGCUGAGGACAUCGUCCUUGAACACCGCAGCUACUGCUCGGCCAAGGCCCACAAGAAGCACUUCGCCGGGGACGUCUUGGGCUACGUCACGCCGUGGAACCGACACGGCUACGAUGUCGCCAAGAUCUUCGGGGGCAAGUUCACCCAUGUCGCCCCCGUGUGGCUGCAGCUGAGGAGGCAUGGCCGCGAAAUGUUCGAGGUCACGGGCCUGGAUGACGUAGACCAAGGGUGGGUGCGGGCAGUCAGGAAACAAGCCAAGGGCCUGCGCAUAGUGCCCCGUCUCCGGUUCGAGGACUGGACGUACGAGGACUUUCAGAGCGUCCUGGACAGCGAGGAUGAGAUUGAGGAGCUCAGCAGGACUGUCGUCCAGGUGGCCAAGGGCCAGCACUUUGACGGCCUGGUGGUGGAGGUCUGGAACCAGCUGCUGGUCCAAAAGCACGUGGGCCUCGUUCACCUGCUCACCCACAUGGCUGAGGCGCUGCACCAGGCCCGGCUGCUGGCUUUCCUGGUGAUCCCGCCCGCCGUCGCCCCGGGGACCAACAAGCUAGGCAUGUUCACGAACGCAGAGUUUGAGCAGCUGGCGCCCGUGCUGGACGGCUUCAGCCUCAUGACCUACGACUAUUCCACAGCACAGCCGGCCGGCCCCAAUGCACCGCUGCCCUGGGUGCGAGCCUGCGUGCAGGUCCUGGACCCCAAGUCCAAGUGGCGGAGCAAGAUCCUGCUGGGGCUCAAUUUCUACGGCAUGGACUACUCGGCUUCCAAGGACGCCCGUGAGCCCAUCAUCGGGGCCAGGUACGUCCAGACACUGAAGGACCACCGGCCUCAUGUGGUGUGGGACAGCCAGGCCGCGGAGCACUUCUUCGAGUACAAGAAAAGCCGUGGCGGGAGGCACGUCGUUUUCUAUCCGACACUGAAGUCCUUGCAGGUGCGGCUGGAGCUGGCCCAGGAGCUGGGUGUGGGGCUGUCCAUCUGGGAGCUCGGCCAGGGCCUGGACUACUUCUACGACCUGCUGUAGGCCGGACCUGCGUGCAGCCAGCGUGCCCUUUUCCAAGAGACAGAGGGACUGAUGUGCGAAAUACAGACUCUUUUCUAUUUCCGGA